CGCGCGGAGGGUGCGCGCAGGCAGCGGGAGCGGGAGCGGGAGCCGGAGCCGGAGCCGUAGCCACUCGUUUCUCCGCACCACCGCCAUGGGCCGGACACUCACGUUCUCCCUCGCCGCCCUUUCCCUGGCGUGCUGCCUCUGCGAGCUGGCCGUGGGCGUCGCGCAGAGCGGCGGCAACGCGCCCGUCGACGUCUGUGGGAACUUCUCUGACUGCGAUUCGUGUAUUGCUAAUGGCACAGAUAUAGGAGUCUGCAUGUGGAUCACAUGUAAAGGUGAAGAGAUGUGUGUAAAUGAAACAGAAGCAUCUGUGAAGGCUGAAGAAUGUUCACCUGUACGACAGUGUUCCUCACAUACUAAAGCUGAGAGUACCUACAUCCAGCAGCAGCUCUCGGAACAGGAAGCUUUAGCUUCCAGUACUACUGUACCACCUUCCGUUGCUACCGCAGCGUCUUCCAAUGCUACCACAGCAUCUUCCAAUGCUACCACAGCGUCUUCCAAUGCUACCACAGCAUUCUCCAAUGUGACCACAACCAGUUCUGCUACCACAGCUCAUACUACUAUAGCUAAUGUCACCAAUGCAACUACACAUGCUCCUCUGCCUACAACUACCGUUACUUCACCUACCACAACACCUACUACUCCAGGUACGAGUGCUACUGUGACUCCUGCACCUGCUGCACGCAAAUCUACAUUUGAUGCUGCAAGUUUCAUAGGUGGAAUUGUCCUUGUUCUGGGUCUGCAGGCUGUUAUUUUCUUUCUGUACAAAUUCUGCAAGUCAAAAGACCGAAACUAUCACACACUUUAGGAUCUGCCACUUUGUAUUGGACUAGUAGCCCAACACCUGUAGUUCACUGAACCAAAAUAUUUUCUGUUGCUCAUGGAAGACAGCAGUUCAUAAUAUCCUUUAAAUCUCUAAAAGAAGACUUUAAAUGAAUAUUUUUGCAACAUUAUACUUGGCAAGAGGUGAUAUGAAUCUCUUCAACAGGAUUACUUGCAAUAUGCUGCAUGGGUUCUAAUGGCUGUUUUAUUUUCCUUUAGUGGCUGCUGCUGUGGGACUUUUCUUGAUAUGCCAAAUGUAGACGUUCAGAGAUUCUUAUUCAGUGGUAACACUGUUGAGUAGACAAUCUCAUGAUGACUUAUUGUGAAGGCUGAUUUAAUCCACAUUUGAUACAAUAUCCCUUCAGUUCUAUCAAAAUGUGAAUUAUUGGUGACUAAAUUCAGGGAGUGAAAUAGCGUUUAUACUAGCUUAUGGCUCUUACAGCAUGUUGCUAGAAAGAUGAACAAAAAUGUAGAAUUAGAUAAUGUGUUAAUAGAAUAACAUAAGCCUUUUUAUUUUUUUUACACAAGAAUAAGGUUGCUUCAUAAAAUAGUUCAUUCCAAACAGAAUUUCUAUGCCCUUCUCAAUUAAUGUUAAGGGUGGAUGUAAGGAUAAUUCUUCUAAUAGGAAAAAAAAUAUUAGUGCCUUAAAGACUAAAUUUCAGUAGGCUGCAAACGUGUCCCACCUAUCUCAAAGAUAAAUAAAACUUUUAAUUACUAGCUUUACAUAGAAAAAUAGAAUACAUGUGACUUGAGCAUUCCAGUUUAAAAAAUUUUUCACUAGAAUAACUGUCCCUUAUUGACCUUGUUUUAUAGUGAGGAGCAUGGUACAGUGAUGUUCAGCUACAAACAGAAGCUUUGACUUGUUUACCUUUUGUUCUGACCUACAAAGACCAACCAUAAAACUAGUGAUAAAACGCAGUUCACUCCCGGUAUAUAAAGGCAAGAACUCACAUUUAUACUUGAAAUACUGAUGUUUAGGAAGUCCUGAGGUUUUUGUUGUUCAAAUGGUUCUUAAACUCAUUGCAGUUAAUUUCAGGGGUUUGGGUUGUUGUUUUUUUCUUUUUUACUCUCCUGUAUGUCUGCUUGCUGACGGAGUAGUUAAGGGUAGUUCAGAGGAUCUGCUGAUUUGAUCCUAGUCUGGGUUGCUGUAGUCCUGUGACUGCAGGCUACACCUUUUUUUCUUUCCUCUUCCCACUUCCUGGCAUCAGGUUUGUGUCUCCCUGCAGUGAACUGGUUAAGGAGAUCUAUUCAGCCAAGUAGUUGGUUUUUUUACUUGGCUGGAUCAGCCGUGUGAUCUGAGUAUCAAAGGUACGUCAUCUCCAAUGCAGACUGACUUGAGCACCUGCGAAAAUAAACCCACAGGAAAAAUGGAAGUAAAGAUAAAAUCAAGUGGUGUAUGUAGCACAUAGUGCAUAGCUUCUGAUGAUAUCCCUUGAUCAUCAGUUUUGGGAUAAUCUGUAGUACUGUCUUAUUAGCUCUGACUUGACUGGAACUUGGCACCCAAAACAAAAUAGCAUCAAUAGCAGAUAAUACUCAUGGCAAUGGAACUUGAAAUAUGAAGCAAAUUAAGUGCACUUCAGUUGGAAAUUUAAAGUGUACCGUGUCGCUUUCUUAUGUUCUUUUAGUUUGAAUGGCAUUGUUUCUGUUAUGCUGCAUAGAAAACUCAAAUUGCUACAAAAUGCAGAGGUUACUCAGCAGUACUGUAUCUUUGAGUUCAUUAGCUUUUGGUUUUCUAAACAAAACUAAGACAAUCAGCUCAGGUUUAUGAAAACAGCAGUGAGCAGCCAGCUUCCAGCAACAAUAUAUGUGUGAGUUAGAUGAUAUAUCCUUGGCCUUAUUGUGAAAUCACUUAAAUCUGUCCUUUCCCUAUUUAAGAGCUGUUUUAUUCCAUUUGUUUCAAACAAUAUCCAUGAGCUUGUGUUCUGUACUUUGAAGUGAACGAAGUACUCUUCUAAAAUAUGACAGUUCGCUUUUAGCUCAGCAAAGCAAACUAUGCCUAAUGUAUAAUUUUUGGCCUCAAAGGGCUCUCUUUUGGGAAACUUGCAGAAAAGUCCUGAAGAACACUUCACAGCAUUGGCACAAAAAGAGUUGCUUUGUAAAAUGUUGCUGAAAUGCUUAUUCAUGAGAUAUGCUGAUCCUGAUUUAGGUUGCUGAUAAAGUAUGCUGGUAAAGCGAACUAAAAAUAGUGUUUAAAGUGCCUUAAAAUUGCUUAAUCGUUUGCCUCAAAUUUUGUUUAAAAGGGGAGAAAGGAUACCUUGCCUUAGUUACUAAAUUUUCUGUGGUGCCAGCAAUUGCUAUUUUCCAAGACUCUAAGAAACCCAGGAUCUCUGACAUGUUCAGAUGCCUAUCUGAAAAACUCAAGUUUGUGCUAUAUCAGUUUAGUCAUGUUCCAAAGGGCCUGCACUACACACCUCUUGCUCAUUAGCCUUACCAGCAAGGUAUAAGUCCACAGGUUAGAGUUGUGGCUGGAAUUGUUUCCCUUUUAGUUGUUUGUGGGGAGGGGAGGCUGGGUUAUACAUCUUCACCAUGUGCUUGGCUGCCUCACUGUUGAAAGUAAUUACUCCUUUGUGAAAUGGCAGUAUCAGCUGAUCUGUGCUGUGUAGUAGCAAAAAACCUGAAGUAACAACUUGCAGUUUUUCUUGGCCUUGUGUUUUGAAGUGGAAGGUAACUCAUAGAUCUGUAGUUGUACUUGCCCCUUAAUCACUGAAUUGUGAUUUUAGGCACUGAAUUGUAGUGACUCUUCAAGUUACCUGGCUUUUUCUUGAGGCCAACUUGUGCAGAUAUCAAGCUGUUACCUUUUGAAUGUUCUCUGCAAGCGUUGCUGUAAAAGUUUGUAUUUUGUCUUCAGUGGAAGAAAACUGAAGCAGUUGUAAUCGCAAAACCAAAUUGAUAAAUAAAAUCUGUUGAAUGGAA